AUGGCAAAAUAUCAUUACCACAUUAGAUCGACAAGUUUGCCAUCGACAUUUCAUCAUCCUCUUACAGCCAGAGUUGAAGAACAAUUGCACAAAAUCAGAGUAGAGCUGAACGAAAACAAAAGCCUUGAUCAUUAUUCGACGGAGAUGUUAAGAGAUGGAUUGUUUGGUCUUAAAGAUUUAUACGAAAGUGUCGAGGAUUUGCUUAAGUUACCACAUACGCAACAAAUCCUGGUGAAGCAGUGUCAUGAUAAAUUGGUCGACGAGGUGUUGGAUGAUUCUCUUCGACUGUUGGACGUGAGUUGUACUACAAAGGACGUCUUAUCUCGAAUCAAAGAAGCUGCGCAAGAAACUAGAUCAGCUCUUCGUAGAAGAAGAUCGUCACCUGAAGGAGAAAUAGACUUGACAGGAAAAAAGUUGGUAGAAUAUUACAUGUCGUCCAGAAAGAAGGCUAACAAGGAGGUUCGAAAGUGUCUCGGAGAAUUGAAGAGAACGGCCGGAAAGAAACAUGGUUUCUCAUCUUCGUCAUCCUCAUCUCUCUUGUUAGAGAAGCAACAACAAGAUUAUGUUGCCGUAGUGAAUGUGCUAAAACAAGUAGGGGACGUCACGGUUACCUUAUACGAGUCUCUGUUGUCUAGGUACAAAUGUGCUGUACCAAAGACUAGUUGUAGUGGCUGGUCAUUGGUUUCCAAAUUGAUGAUCAAGCAGAACAGUCGCUUAACAACAGCAAAGGAUCAGGACGUACAGCAAAUUAUCAAGGGAGGGGAUGGCGUCGCACAAAAGCCUUUAGAAACGCUGGAAACAAGUAUCCAAAGCUUGGAGGAGGGACUAGAGUUGGUUUUUAGACAGUUGAUCAAAACAAGAGUCUCCCUUCUUAACAUCCUCUCAACAACCACUAACUAA